AUGGGGUCGCAGGAGAAGACGUUGGACGGUAUCCUGUCGAGGGUCCUCGCAGUGACCCUGGACGAGGCCAAGGCGGAUGCGAACGCGUCGCCUCCCGUCACGUACCUGCGGUGCACGGCCGAGGAGCUGCGCGGCGACUCCGACGCCGCGCCGCUGCUCACGCCGGACGCGCUGGACCAGGUUCUGCCGGAGCGGCUGCUGAUCGACCCCCCCGAGAACUACCCCCAGCCUCCCGCCCACUACCUCCUGGGGUGCUACGCCCGCGCGAGCGACGAGCUGCGCCGGACGGGGGGCAUCAGCGACACCGCCUUCGCGGACCGAAUCUACGACUGCCUCACGGCGCUCCGCGACACUCUCGUGAACUACAUUGUGUCGCUGCUGACGGAGCCUGACAUGCCGCAGCCGCCUGAGGCCGCGGCGCGAGGGGCGCUGCAGCUGCUGGACUCUAUCGAGGCGCGCGAGAAGGCGACGACGCCGGUCUCGACGAACGCGACGCACUGCAACCCGAUGCCGAUGCCCGCCGGGUUCGUGGACCACCUUGCGUCGGUCCUCACGGAACGCGGCGAGGGUGCGACGUUGGCGGCGAUCGUUGGGCCAGUGCUGAGUGCGCUGGCCAAGAGCGCGCGCGGGGUGACGAUCUGCGGCGACUACAUGCGUUUCCUGACGCCCUGGGCGUCGCUCCUGGCCAUCAAGGGCGUGCAGGACGUCCUGUGGCAGCUCGACGGGUGGAUGCCUCCCUCGCGCCACGGCGGCAGCGCGCGGCCGACGGGGCGCGCGUUCCAGGAGCAGACGAUCGUCGGGCCGUUCCUGGCGCUCGCGGCCGUGCCGGACAUGGGCACGCAGCACCCCCCGCGGCCCGACGUGCGGCAGCACGUCCUCCCGGACGACCUGGACUCCCCCGGGGGACAAAUGCAGGCCAACCAGGCCAUCCUGUCGCUGCAGUCCUCGCUCAAGGUCGUGUACACGACGCUGCACCAGUCCUUCACGUCGAUCCUGCGCAACAAGGGCGCGCGCGGCGCCGUCCUGCGGUGGGUCGCGGCCUGCCUCGACGCCAACCGCGAACGCAACAAGAUGUCGCCCAACCUCCGGAAGGCCUCCGGGACGGGCUUCGCGCUCAACAUGACGGCGCUGAUGCUGUCGCUCGCCGGCCCGUUCCUCGACGCCGGCGCCGGGAAGGCCUUCCAGCACGUCGACCCGGACUACGUGCUGCACCAGGGGCAGUGCCUUGUGGACAACUCCGAGGACUCGCGGCUCGCGAUGGCGCUCGACGAGGCGAACGCGUACCACGCGGAGUCCGCGGACCGCCUGCGCGAGAAGGCGGAGCGCGCGGGGUGCCCCCCCGACGGCUGUGGGGUGUGGUCGGACAUGCGGGGGUCGGCGAGCGAGCCCGAGACGCGCGCGUACCACUUCAUCUGCGAGUGCUUCUUCCUCACCGCGGCCUCCGUCCGCCGGGGCUACGCGUCCGCGCUGCAGGAGCUCGAGCGCUACGGCCGCAACGUCAACCACCUCGAAAAUGAACUGGCGCAGAUCGAGCGUCAGCGCGACACCAUGCGCGGCGGCGGCGCGCCCCCGGGCGCGCUGAUGCGCAUGGAGAUGACGCUCGCGUCCGGCCGCGCGCGCGUGAAGGCGCUGAGGAGCCACGUCAUCGUCAUGCAGGGGCAGCUGAUGGACGAGCAGCUCAUCGUGCCCAUGGUCGCGUACUGCCGGCUCCUCGCGCUGUGGCUCCUGCGCCUCGUCGGCAACGGCGGCGGCACGCCCGGCGCGGCCCCGACGCUCCCGCUCCCCGCGGACCCCCCGAAGGCCUUCGCGGCGCUCCCGGAGUACAUGGUGGAGGACAUGUGUCAGGUGCUGCUGUUCGUGGGGCGCGUGCGGCCGCAGGCGGUGUCGUCCGAGGUCGCCGCGGACCUCAUGACCUUCUUCGUCACGUUCCUGGGGUCCUCGGCGUACGUGCGCAACCCGUACCUGCGCGCAAAGAUGGUGGAGGUGAUGUACGUCAUGCUGCCGAACGACGAGCGGCAGGACCGGAUGCGGCGCUGGGGGCGCCUCGCGGCCGCGGGGUCCGGGGAGGUGGUCAGCGACAUGUUCGAGCGCAGCCCGCUGUGCGUGGGCCACCUGGUGCCGGCGCUGAUUCAGGUCUACUCCGACGUGGAGAACAUGGACCGCUCGGGGGCGUUCUACGAGAAGUUCUCGAUCCGCCACGUCAUCAACUCGCUCUUCGAGCACCUCUGGCAGCACGCGGGGCACCGCGCGACGUGGGAGGCCACUGCCGCCCGCGAGGAGAAGGGCAUGUAUUUGAAGUUCUGCAACAUGCUCAUCAACGACUCGAUCUACCUCCUGGACGAGUGCCUCAAGCUGCUGCCGGAGAUGCGCGACUUCGAGGACCUCCUCGAGCGCGACCCGGAGCUCUCCUCGCUCCCCGAGGAGGAGCGCGAGGAGCGCUCGAACUCGUACGGCGAGAACGGGCGCAUCGUGGCCAACGACCUCGCGCUCGGGCACUCCACGUUCCGCACGCUCGAGCUCUUCUCCGACUCCAUCACCGCCACGCUGCUCCUCCCGGAGAUGGUCGACCGCGUCGCGCAGUGCCUCGACUACUUCCUGCUGCACCUCGCGGGGCCGGAGCGGCGCAAGCUGCGCGUGAAGGACGCCGAGAAGUACGGCUUCAAGCCCAAGCAGCUCCUCCAGCAGAUCAUCCGCGUGUACAUCAACCUCGCGCGCGCGGACGCCGACGGCCGGCUCGUGAAGGCGAUCGCUGGGGACUCGCGCAGCUACAACGCGGCGCUGAUGAGCGACACGAUCGAGCUGCUGCGGACCAAGGCGAUCGUGGCGCCGGGGGACAUCGACGCGUUCGCGGACCUCGCGGCGCGGUGCGCGGAGGCCGCGGCGGCGGGCGCGGAGGAGGACGAGAUGUACGACGACGCCCCGGACGAGUUCUUGGACCCGAUUAUGGGGACCUUGAUGGAGGACCCGGUGCUGCUGCCGAGCAGCAAGAACAUCAUGGACCGGUCGGUCAUCCUGCGGCACCUGUUGACGGACCCGAAGGACCCGUUCAACCGCAGUCCACUGGCGCCGGAGGAUCUGGUUCCAGAUGAGGGGUUGAAGACGAAGAUCACGGAGUGGAAGGCGGCGGAGAUGGCGAAGAAGCGCGGGGGCGGCGCGGCGACGGACAGGGACGGGGACACGGAGAUGACGUCGUGA